CCCGCCGCGCCGGGUCCUAAAGCCGCGCGUCUCAAGAGGAUGGUUCGCCUGGCGGCCGAGCUACUGCUGCUCCUGGGGCUGCUGCUGCUCACGCUGCACAUAACGGUGUUGCGCGGCACCGGAGCCACGGACGGGUCAGAAGCAGCCGCGGGCAACGCCAGCCGGACCCAGCUGCAGAAUAACCUCAAUGUGGAAAGUGACUCUACAUCAGAAAGCAGCUCUCCUUUCUCCAAAGAAGUACCAGGGGAGCAUAUGGACCACCAGGCUGCACACCAACCCCUCCCCAGACAGAGAUUUCAGCAAGAGGCUGGGCACCCUUCGUUGCAAAGAGAUGGUCCAAAAUCUUUUCUCCUUGACCUACCAAACUUUCCAGAUCUUUCCAAAGCUGAUAUCAAUGGGCAGAAUCCAAAUAUCCAGGUCACCAUAGAGGUGGUGGAUGGUCCUGACACUGAAGCAGAUAAAGAUCAGCACCCGGAGAAUAAGCCCAGCUGGUCAGUCCCAUCCCCCGACUGGCGGGCCUGGUGGCAGAGGUCCUUGUCCUUGUCGAGGGCCAACAGCGGGGACCAGGACUACAAGUACGACAGUACCUCAGAUGACAGCAACUUCCUCAACCCCCUCCGGGGAUGGGACCGUCCGGCCCCAGGCCACCGCACUUUUGAAACCAAAGAGCAGCCAGAAUAUGAUUCCACAGAUGGGGAGGGUGACUGGAGUCUCUGGUCCGUCUGCAGCGUCACCUGUGGGAAUGGCAACCAGAAGCGGACCAGGUCUUGUGGCUACGCAUGCACUGCAACGGAGUCUAGGACUUGUGACCGACCAAACUGCCCAGGAAUUGAAGACACCUUCAGGACAGCUGCCACUGAAGUAAGUCUCCUUGCAGGAAGUGAGGAGUUUAAUGCCACCAAGCUGUUUGAAGUUGACACAGACAGCUGUGAGCGAUGGAUGAGCUGCAAAAGCGAGUUCUUAAAGAAGUACAUGCACAAGGUGAUCAAUGACCUGCCCAGCUGCCCCUGCUCCUACCCCACAGAGGUGGCCUAUAGCACAGCAGACAUCUUCGACCGCAUCAAGCGCAAGGAAUUUCGCUGGAAGGACGCCAGCGGGCCCAAGGAGAAGCUGGAGAUCUACAAGCCCACUGCCCGGUACUGCAUUCGCUCCAUGCUGUCUCUGGAGAGCACCACGCUAGCCGCCCAGCACUGUUGCUAUGGCGACAACAUGCAGCUCAUAACCAGAGGCAAAGGGGCGGGGACACCUAACCUCAUCAGCACUGAGUUCUCAGCGGAGCUCCACUAUAAAGUGGAUGUCCUACCCUGGAUUAUCUGCAAGGGCGACUGGAGCAGGUAUAAUGAAGCCCGGCCUCCCAACAACGGGCAGAAGUGCACAGAGAGCCCCUCCGAUGAGGAUUACAUCAAGCAGUUCCAAGAGGCCAGGGAGUAUUAAAGAGAGACCUCUUGUAUUUGUGACGUAAAUGCACUACACUGACCUGCCACCUCUUAUCCACAUUCCUGUGUGUUUGCAUAUGCCACAUGAGUAUUUUUCAUAAAUUACACUAGGGAUGUGCGCCAGGCCUGGUGGCUACCAUCUGAGGCCACCCUUGCCAUCUACAAUGCCCACAGACCUUCUUGGAACUCCUCCUUUGGGUGAUGUGGUAAAGAGGAUGAGGACCAAGAAGCCAGAAGAACCUGGAAGCCACAGUGGAUGGGAUUCAAUUCACACCCAGGUCCAGUGUUUCCUAGAGAUGUAAAGGGGGAAAGAGACUGAAAUUGUAAACAUUAUAAGUUUUUAUAUAUAACUUAUUUAAUAUAAAUGUGACUUAAGCAUAACCUUUUCUCUGGAGUUGUCAUCAUGAAACUGUUUUAUCACUUCUGUGAGAGUUCAGACAGGGUUUAGGAGGUGGAAGAGAAAGGGAUUUUGUAAUGACUUUUAAAAUAACUCAAUAGAAGUAUAUCCAAACAAGAAAACACUCGCCUUAAACCAAAUAUUAUUUAGUCAUGAGGCACCUUGCUGAAGUCUCAGCAUUCAAAAUGCCCUUGCCUAAGACUGGGUAGAGAUAGAGGGUGGUGGACAGAUGGCUAUUUUAGAAGCAAAUCUGAGGCUGGUUUUAAAUAGGCUUUAAAAUAAAAGGUCAAUAUUAGCAUAAUGCUUUGAUUCUACUUAAAGGCUUCAGAAUGACAGAAUUUCUUCUCAUGUCUUAGUAAGUCCAGAAGGCUGCAUGAGAGUUGAACAUAAAAACAGGGAGUAGCACUUUUCCAAAGGAAAAAAAAAAACAAGAUAAAUGGGAAAACAACAUGGACCUCAUUUCAUCUAUUUUGUUUUAAUAUCAUCUUAACAAUUUUUUCUCCACCAAUAUAUUCACAACAAAUAGAUAUAAAAAGAGGAGGAGGACUCAAGUGUAGGAAAUCCUAAUUUUUUAUGUUUUAAGAAAGGAAAAAUAACUACAUUAUUUUUGUAAAGUAUUUAUUGAGUCUUGAGUUUAGUGCAUCAAGCAGUUGUAAUAUGCCCUGGUUCUGUAGUGUGGAACUUAGGACAAAUAAAGAGUUGGUUAUUAUGCACUAUCUACUUACAAAACUCCAGGAAAACAGAAUAUAUAAUAAAAUCAUAAUAAAAUGUGUUACCUGCAGUAAAUGUG